GAAUAUAAGUGGUAUAUAAUUUUCCAUAAGACGCGGCCACCAUGAUGGUGGUUUUAUUAUUCACCUUUGCCCUUGGAAGUAUCGUGGCGGCAUAUAUUUAUCUAACCAGAAAUUAUAACUAUUGGCGUGACCGUAACAUUCUGUGCGCGAAGGGCACACUUCCAGGAUUCGGGCAUACAUUGCCGUUGCUUGUCAUGCGAACAACUCUGGUUGAUCUCGUUCAACGGAUCUGUGACCCUUAUCCAGAUCGCAGUAUGGUAGGUUUCUACCAUCAGACGACGCCUGCGUUGGUGAUUCGCGAGCCGGAACUGGUAAAGACUGUCCUGCAGACCAACUUCGCAAGUUUUUCCAGGAACGUAUGGAAAAUCGAUUCUCAUCUGGACCGUCUGAACGCUGCGAACCCUUUUUUCUGCUAUGGCGAUACAUGGUUGAUAGGCAGGAAACACAUAGGUCUCGCGUCUACUACCAGAAACAUAAAAAUCUUUUUGAACUGCAUCCAGCAGGUGUGCAACAAUCUCGAAAAUUAUCUGAACGACAAACUAAAGGCAAAUAAUAACACGAUAGAACUCAAGAUAAAUAAUCUGGCUUACAGAUAUAGUUCUUCAGUGGCGGCUUAUAGUGGUUCCAGUUUCCAGUUUCAGUGUGGAAAAUGUGUGCUUCAAAGACGAAUAUCCGCAAAGAUUCAGGACUUCUUUUUUGGCUUCAUAAAAGAGAUAGUGCACAUUAGGCAACAGGAGAAGAAUACGCGUAAAUUUAACUUUUUGCAACUAAUGUUGGAUCUGAAAGAAACCAAGGAAAUUGACUACAAUGUGGUUACUUCACUUGUUUUCACUCUCUACAUGAAUAUGCAUGAUACGUCGACUGUGACACUAGGCCUCGCAGCUUAUCAAAUUGCACGUCAUCCGCACGUUCAACAAAAACUCCGCGACGAGGUGAGGACUGUUCUUGCAAAGUAUGACGGCCAAUUGUCCUACUACGCGCUGAAGGAAAUGACGUACAUAGAUCAAGUGAUCAACGAAUCGCAAAGACUCUAUCCUAUUCUGCCCUGCAUGGGCAAAAUAUGCACUGAGGAGUUCGAACUGAAGAGUUCGGAUGAACUCAGCUGCUGCAUCAAUCCCGGAACAGAGAUCUUCGUGAAUGUCUAUGAAAUACACAGAAACUCGAAUUAUUGGCACAAUCCGGAUGUUUUUGAUCCCAAUCGUUUCUCCUCGGAUAGAAAGACGGAGAUCGAGAAGUAUACUUUUUUGCCGUUCGGUGAGGGUCCGAAGACCUGCGUGGCAAUGAGAAUGGCUAUGUUGCAGACAAAGGCUAAUCUAGCCAUGAUAAUGAAGAAUUAUACUCUGGAGUUAUCGCUUAAGCCGCCGAAGGAGCCUCUCAAGUUUAUGCAAGGCAAUAUUGUGCUACAACCUAUUGGUGGUUUAUGGGUUCAUCUUAAGCCUCUUUAAUUAUUUGUAUAAGGGAACAUUUAGAAAAUAAUGAAUAAGUAAUAUUUAAAUAUUGUAAAAUAUCGCAGAUAAGUUUAGAUAGAUGGGCAUUUUCUAAAUGACGAAAAUUGCAAAGUGAUGUAAAAUUAUUAAAAUUAUUCUAAUAGUUGAGAUAUACUCGUAUGUUUAGUGUUAUAUCGCAACAUGAACUGUAACUGUUUUAGCGCCACGCAGCGCGAUCGCGCUGUCCGCGUACUGUGGUGAAAUGUGCCGCGAUGUUUGGUCAUGAUCAUCAAUUCGCAACAAUCUCGGUUCCAAAUUUCGCAAACUUUUGAGUGUUUAGUAUAACGUUUUUGAUAUGACUGAUUAAAUGAAGCGCGAGCGCGCCGAGCGGCAUAUUUCGACGAAAAAAAAGCAGCGCGAUCGCGUCGUUCGGCGUUACUCGCAGAUAAAUGAACGAAGCGCUAUCGCGGUGCAUGGCACAAUCCGACACGGAUUUUUAAAAACCCCCGGCACUAAAACGGUUAAGGGGUUAGGCCAGUCUAGAGCCCUCAAAAAAGGCUUAACUUUGACAAUUUAUUCUGGGAGUAAGGAAAAAGGAAUCGAAUUUCUCUCUUUCAGGCUUUAUUAAACAUGUAUUUGAGUGUAUAAAAAAAUUUUUAUAUUGACAUUUUGAUACAAAAUGGUGGCUACUGGGCCAAUUUUCGUAAUCUCCUUUUUCAAGAGGGCCUCUACGGGCGACCGUGAUUCUAGGAACUCGUGUUAUCUGAAACAAAAUAAAGAACGGGAUUUAAUCUACAUAAGACUUGCUAGUAAAG